GUCGGUCGGUGGGUCUGGGUCCCGUUCAAGUGAGAGGCGAUUGUUUGAAUGGCGGGCAGAUUGCAGGCGAUGGCGACGCUGUGCUGGGCUCGCGUUUCCGCUCCUUCGGCGGCAGCAGCAGCAGCAGUUGGGUGGAAUCUGGCCUUCUCUCCCUCGUUAUCUGUUUCUCGAGCGGUGGGUUGCCCCUCGGCCGCUGCUCGAGGAUGUGGCCUAUGGCAGAUCAGGGGUAUGGCGGGAGACGGGAAUGCAGGAGAGAAAGCCAAAAUGCCCGCCAGGCUCGUUCAGGUGCAGAAACUCCUGAAUGAUGUUCCCGAUCUGCCGGAUGACUACGGUAAGCCCACUCCCAAGAUUACAAUGGAUCAUGUCACCGUGACUUUUGCGAGAAGCGGAGGAGCUGGAGGGCAGAAUGUGAAUAAGGUUAAUACGAAGGUCGACAUGCGAUUCAAUGUCAUGGCUUCCAACUGGCUUCCCGAGAGAAUCAGGCUGAAGCUUCUGCAACAGGAGAAAAACCGUAUCAACGGUGAAGGAGAGAUUGUUGUUUCGUCUACAAGGACGAGAACACAAAAAGGCAACAUCGAGGAUGCUCUUGCCAAACUCCAGGAUAUGAUUGACGCAGCAGCAUAUGUUCAGCCGCCGCCUUCGGAAGAAACAAAGAAGAAAAUUCAAAAGUUAGCCCAGAAAGAGAAUGAGAGGAGACUCCAGGACAAGAAGAAAUCUUCGUCAAAGAAGUCGGACAGGAGGAAUAAGGGAAGCUGGGACUGAUUGGAAAAAUUUUCGAGCAAUUUUCUGUUGCACAUUCCAGAACUCGUAACCAUGUAUGAAUGACAUGUGAACACUCGUCAAGCGAGGUGCGGGGAACGCUGAUGAUGUGGCCAUCUUCGGUUUUCUCACACACGGUCCAUUCUGAUUUUCUACGAGCUAUUUAUUUGAGAGGUUUCAGCCUCUGCCUGAGCCUGUUGCGGGUGUUCACGAACUAGAAAUCGCCGCAUCCAGAGGAAAAUGAAUAUCAGGGGAGAUCGCAAGGAUCAGCCAAGGCCUUGGCAUAGAAAAGGCUCGCUUGUCAUUAGAAUCCUGGCUUUCUUGCUCGCGAAUGCCAGGAAGGAAUGUCACCACGCAAUCUCCUUGGGCAGGUUUCUUUCUCGUUGGCUGCAACGUUUGAUGUAGAUGUUUCGCUUUGAAGGAUCAGAAACGAAGUAUCAAUUACCGAAUAUGGUUUGGUUCCAAAGCGUAGUUUUGAAUGUGGAGUGCAUGAUUAGACGGGGCCAUACUCUCUUUGAAAGAAAGCUUGCAAGAAUAUUGUUCAGCUGUACAUGGCACGAAUUUCGAGUACACGCUGACUUGUGUAAGCCAUAGCAGACACCUGCUUUUGAGCGUGAUUUGAUGAUGAUUGUACAUAAUGAAAAUUGUGUUUAUCAUCUUUGGUCACGAAACAAAUUCAUCUAACUCAUGGCCGGAAGAUUUUCCGAGAACCUCAAAGACACGUCCUGUGAAGCAAAUUUCCUCUGCAGCUCAAUGACAGGCCUGUUCACUGAGGCAGGGUUUUCAUGAUUUCAGGGACGCAAUGUCGGGGCGAAGUCUACUAACCCUUUAAUCUUUUUAACCUGGUACAACAAAUGAAUAGCGUCCCCUCAGUCGGAGUGAACGGUUGAACAUCCUAUCCAAAUUCA